AUGGCCCAUAAUUUGGAUUGUAACAUGAUGAAUGUAGAUGCCCAACUUAAAGAUUUCUUCAGAAGCAUUCGAAAACCUGACAUUUGGCUUCUAGAGGCUGCUAAGCUUGCUAAACUACGGAGGGAGCUUCUUACACCUUCAUCAAAAGGAGGUGGUGGUGCUGGAGAAGGUUUCGAUGUCACUAAAAGUGGAGAUUCAAGAGUUGGCCUUGUGGGUUUCCCCUCAGUUGGGAAAUCAACACUUCUGAAUAAAUUAACAGGCACUUUUUCAGAGGUUGCGUCAUAUGAAUUUACUACCUUAACUUGCAUUCCUGGUGUGAUCACUUACCGAGGAGCUAAAAUUCAGUUGUUGGAUCUCCCCGGUAUCAUUGAGGGCGCUAAAGAUGGAAAGGGAAGAGGGAGACAGGUCAUCAGUACUGCUAGGACAUGUAACUGUAUUAUAAUUGUUCUGGAUGCAAUAAAGCCAAUAACUCAUAAACGUCUGAUCGAAAAAGAGCUCGAGGGUUUUGGCAUUAGGUUAAACAAGGAACCACCUAAUCUGUCAUUUAGGAAGAAAGACAAGGGUGGGAUUAAUUUCACAUCCACGGUUACCAAUACACAUUUGGACCUUGAAACUGUGAAAGCAAUAUGUAGUGAAUACAGAAUACACAAUGCCGAUAUUUCUCUAAGGUUUGACGCAACUGCUGAUGACCUCAUAGAUGUCAUUGAGGGCAGCAGGGUAUAUAUUCCUUGCAUCUACGCUGUCAACAAGAUAGAUCAGAUAACACUUGAAGAGCUGGAGGUUCUGGAUAAACUUCCGCAUUACUGUCCAGUCAGUGCUCACUUGGAAUGGAACCUUGAUGGUCUGCUGGAGAAGAUAUGGGAAUAUCUUAAUUUAACCCGCAUAUACACCAAGCCGAAGGGUAUGAAUCCAGACUACGAGGAUCCUGUUAUCCUGUCAUCAAAGAAGAGGACAGUGGAGGACUUCUGCGAGCGAAUUCACAAGGACAUGCUUAAACAAUUUAAGUACGCACUGGUUUGGGGUUCAAGCGCGAAGCACAAACCCCAGAGAGUAGGCAAGGAGCAUGAACUUGAGGACGAAGAUGUUGUGCAGAUCAUCAAGAAGGUGUAA